AGAAGAAAACUAUUCUCUCUCUGUCUCUUAGUUUCUGAAAUCUUGACUUCUGCUUUUGAGUUCAUUCAGAUUGUUUAUAGCCGGAAGGAUUUGAUAUCUUCUGAUGUCUUAUGAGAUCGAUCAGAAAGAGGUGGAAGACAACUACUCGGCAUCUCAGCCCCCACCAUUCGGAUCACUGGACCCCACAGAACAGAACCCCGCCGGCAGCGGCGGCGGAGGCAUCGAAAUGGUGGACUACAUGCUGAACACUUCCCCAGCUCCUCCGCCGCCGCACCUUAGCUUCGCCGAAGUAAUGCAAUUCGCCGACUAUCGGCCAAAACUCCUCCAAGCGCCGCCCCCGCAGCCCCAAAUCUCCGGCGACGUCGUCGAUGUAGACACCUGCUUCUUCAAGUUUCCAUCUUUGCCUUCUCCAUCUCCUCUGCCGUACGAUGAAAUCGAUGGCGGCGAAGAUCAGGAUCUGGAGGAGGAGGAGGCUCACCGGCUUUCUAAUCAGAAUGCGGCGGGGACGGCGGCGAUGGCAGCGGCGGCGGGGGGCCGUUUUUUUGUUCCGAGGUGGCGGAGAACAGGGGAAGAGUGGUAG